AUGCUUUCGGCAGAUAGCACCCUCUCUUGGAAUGUUUGGAAUGAACAAACACGAUUUUCAAACAGCACAAAUGAUUUUACUACAAAUGAAGUACCAAUGAACAUAAACAGUCAUAAUUUUGGUUAUCCAGUGCAUACAACAGCUCCUGGUUGCUCAAAUAAUGUUAGGUAUCAGUCACGUAAUACAAACUUAACUGAUAAUAAUUACAUGGCAAAUUGUCAGGGAUUAAUUAAUGGUAAUCGAUUAGAAUUGCAACAAGUUGUAAUAUUGCCAAAUAAUAAUGAUGUUGGAAGUAUAAAUUAUGUUCAACAAGAAAAAUGUUCCGAAAAUUCGAACCAAAUGACACAUUCUCGAUUUUCCGACACCAAGCAAAGAAUGAUUCAUGCUCCGAUAUCAACAGGUUUUGGUGAGACAGUCAACAAAUGUGAAAGGAACCAGAUAACCUGUACGGCAUGUCGCAGUGUUUACUCAUCACGUAAAUCACUUACGGGGCAUAUCGGACGUAAUGAAAAAUGUCGAGAAAUUAUCGGUGGGAAUUAUUUAGACCAAAUGGGUGGUUUUGUCGAAAGUAUGCGAAUAUGUAAACCAGGAAAUGUAACGAAUUCGAAUGGUGUCGAUCCGGUUUGUCCGUAUUGUGAUCGCUUCAUUAGUCAUUAUAAAGGUAAUAUUAGACGUCACGUAAAUCAAUGCGUGAGAUCAGCACGUAACGGUAGCAAAUUGAGGAGAAAAGAUGCUACCUUAAAACAAUUCACUUCUGAUACUUUUCUUGGAUGUAAUGAAACGAUGACAUUUUCGGAUAAUUAUCAGCCAAAUGUGUUAGAAACAUCGAUAGCUGAAAAAACUCCAUGGAUGGAUAAUUGUAGUGGCAUUUUAGCGGAUCAUCAGUCAACAGUUAAAACAAAAUCGUGUAAUAUGAAAAAAGAUCGUGGCAAUGAUGAUCCAUUUCGAUGUCCAUUAUGUGAUUUUGCUACCAUUUAUAAGGGCAAUAUGAAGCGACAUUUGAGUACCUGUCAUGGCUUACAAGAUGAUGAUCUCAAAGAUGGUUGUAUUGAUAAGUUGAAAUAUAAGGAAGCGAUUAAUUUACGUCUGGAAAAUCUAUCACGUAACAAACGCUCCAAAAAUUUGCAGUACCUCAGAGUUACACCAAAAUUAGCACAAAUAGACAUCGGUAAUGGUCCUGGUUCUUCCACCAUCAAUUGUAAUGCUAUGAAAAAGAUAUCAGAGAUAACAACAGCGGAUGCAACACCUUCAACUUUUCGGAUUGUUUCUUCUUUCAAUAAUUGCGAAGAAGUACUCACCUUAGCUGAUGGUAAUACCGCAAUAGAAGUUAUACCAGAGGGAUCAUUAGCAAAAAUGGUUAAAACAUCAUCAAAUGAUAAUGCCAGUCAAAUUCUAAGGCUAAACGCAAUCGAUGAAACAAUUGAGGCUGUGAUAGCAAAUGGAAAUGAAAAUUGCUUCAAUGAAAUGAGUACAGAUAAUAAUAGUAAUAAUAAUACCACUAUAUGA